UCUUCCUUUGAUAUCUCAAUUUCUUGCUGUUUUCUACUUUAUUGUUUGAGUUUUAUUUUGAUUUUCUCUCGAUUUCGCAUCUGGGUCAAGUUCAGGAUUCAAUUAGGGUUCUGUGCCUAGGGGUCUAUUCGCAGUUUUUCUCCGAAUUUCAAUCUAAGUCGAAGGAAAUGGGAUAGCCCACCGAGGAUUCUUUAGCUCGGGGAGGAACAAUGAAGGUGAGAUCGUCAGUGAAGAAGAUGUGCGAGUUUUGUAGGACGGUCAAACGUCGAGGGCGUGUAUAUGUGUUAUGCUCUUCCAACCCUAAGCACAAGCAGAGGCAGGGAUUCUCUUCCAUUACUCAUGAAGGAAUCUCACCUCCUCCGUCGGUGGAGUCAAAUGCCAAGCAGGGGCUCUCAGAGCUUCCGAGUAACAAUGUAUCGGCUGGUCUGGCAUCACUCCUGUCGAGAAGGCCUCAGCCUACGGCGGUGUUUGGUUGGAGAGCCGGUCUAGCAUCCAUUCUGUUCAAACAGGGGAAUUAGCACGAUACCCGCCCGAGAUCCAAUCCAAGUAGCAUUUUCCCCAUUGAAUUCCCCGAGUCUUUCUCUGUCCUGAUCGCUGUUUUCUCCUGAAUUCCCCAGGUGAAAUUCUCGUAUUUCUCUUCUAUAUCCGUCGUAAGUUGUUCCUAGGACAGCAUAAUUGGGUAUUUUUCGGAAUUCCGGUCGCUGAUAUACAUGCUACUACAUUAGGGGGCAUUUGAAAGAGACUUUAUAAGGUUUAAAAUACCAAAAUAAUCAAAUGACAUCUAGUAAGCUGUUUCGAUGGCA